AUGUUAGUCAUUAUAGAAUACAAAGGAAGGCAUGAUAACGCGGCACGGUACAUCCACUGGCAACUUUGUGGUAAAUGUGGAUUGGAAAGAGCUAAUAGCUGGUAUGAAGAGAAGCCGGAGGGAGUGGUGGAAAGUGAAAACUUCAAGAUACUGUGGGAUUUCACAGUCCAGUGUGAUCGGAAAACUGAGGCAACAAGACCAGACAUUGUCUUUACUGAUAAGAAGGAGAGAGAGGUUGUCAUAAUUGAUGUUGCCAUCCUGGGUGAUGACAGGGUGAAAGGUAAGGAACUUGAGAAGAUACAAAAAUACCAGUUACUGAAAGAUGAAAUUGUAAAAGUCUGGCGCAUACGAAAAGUCAUCGUAGUGCUUGUUGUUACUGGGGCCCUAGGAGCCGUAUCAGUCAUCUUUAAGGAGUACACGAAGCGAAUCGGCGUGAACGUGAGAUUGGGAGUUAUCCAGAAAACAGCAUUGUUGGGGACAGCAAAGAUACUAAGGAAAGUACUGUCCCUGUAAGAAGAAGGAAAAGAGAGACCUGGGACCCGUGGUGAUUUGUUGUAACCCGCUCCUAAGGACUAUAAACCAGGCCGAACAUCCUGCCCGAGUCUACAAGGAAUGGACAUAAUAAUAAUAUUGUAGUGCUGGAAAAGGAGGGGGGCGUACUUCAUUGUCAAUGUAGCUUGCUCUUAUAAUACACGGGUACUGAGAAAGAGACAUGACGAAGAUCGACCACUAUCAGGACUUAAAAGUGGAAGUGCAAAUGAUCUGGAACUGCAGAAGUGUGUCUGUCAUCCUUAUUGUGAUUGGAGCUCUUGGGGCUGUGAGUAA